CAAAAUCCCUAGGCGCUGGAGGGAUCCGAUCGUGCAUGGCAUCUCCAUCCCCUCUUUCCCCCGCCUCCUUCUUCCACCUCCGGCCGCCGCCGCGGCCAGGCCGGCGUGGCGGCGCACCACCCAGCACCUCCACCUACUCCACAACGCCGCAUCAUCUCCAUCCGCGCUACCGCAACCCAUCCAUCCACCAGCGCCAUCACAUCCAGCCACCACAACCUCACGCGCCCUACCAGACUAGAGGUCGUGGUUGUCUGGUGCCCCGCGCAAGUCCUCACCUCUGCUUGUGCCCGACUGCUGCUGCUCAUUCCCCUGCCUCUUCAUCUCCUGCGCCCCCUGCUGCUCUUCCUUGCCGAAGCUCUUCUCUGAACCUCUCCUCCUCCCAACGUCCCCCUGCUGCUCCUUCCCCUUCACUUCCUGCUGCCGCUCCCCAACUUCUCUUGUUGCUCCUCCUCUCCUCCGUCUUGAUGCUGCUCCUUCCCCCGUUGCUUCUUCUUCUUUAUCUUCCCCUGUUGCUGCUUCUUCUCUCAAUCUCGCUGCUGCUCUCUUCUCCCUAAAACUGCUACUGCUCCUUCUCCUCACGCCCCUGCUGCUGCUCCUCUUCUUAACCCCAGCCGCAGCUCUCUUCUUCUCUCUCAAGCUUGUUGCUGCUUCUCCCUUCUCCAACCUCCUGCUGCUGCCUCCUUCUCCUCUUGCCCUAUUGCUUUUCCUCCCCCUCCAACCUGCUGCUACUUCUUCUCCCUCAAUCUCCUGCUGCUGCCAUCUCCCUCUCUCUAAAUUUCUGUAGAUUUGAGAUCGAAUGUAAUAUUCAGAUUUGUCUAGUGCUAUGAUAUGUUUAGUUUCAGACUCAAGCUUGUGUGGUUUUAAAUUGUUGAUCUGAAAACUGAAUUGUGGCAUAUGACUCUCUGUUCUUAUGUGUGGUAGUUAAACCCAUCACUUGUGUUUUGUACUUCUUGAAUAAAGGAGUUCAUCGUGUAGUACCUGUGGUAGCUUUGUACCUGUGAUAUAAAUAUAUAUUUGUAUGGUGAUAUAUUUCUGUCCCUGACACAUUAUUGUUUCUUCCGUCUGUUACAUUGUAUGUUAGUUAUAUAUGUUUGUGUGGUGAUAUCAAGUACCUGUGAUGUAUACAUAUGUGAGUGUGAUUGUGAUGUGAAAUUUCUUUCCUUAUUCCGUAAUCUUACUUUUGCCCCUUUUACAUACUUUCUAGUAAUAUAUGUGUUCUUUUAUUGUAGAUUUCCUUUUGUAGUCUAUGUAUGCAUGUGUUGAUGUUUUAUUAUCUCUAGUAAAACAAAAAUACCAAAAAUAUAGUGAAGAUAAUCUGAACCUCCCUUUGCUUCUUUUCAUUUACUUUGUCUGUUGAUUUUCUGGAACUGUCUUAGAUAGCUUAGGUUUAUUUUCCUUGUAAUUGUCACUUAAAUUGUCUAGCCUAGCUUUAGCCAAGCAUCAUCGCUGAUCAUUUAGUCCCUGUGAAGAACACGACAUCCGUAGUUUGGGGCGUAAAAACCCCGCUAUACUUUCAAUUGAUCAUUUUGGCGCCGUUGCCGGGGACUAGCGUCGAGCGUUUGUGUGAGGCUUUAGACUAGGUUUUUCUUGUUUUUUCCUUUGUGCUAUAUAUUUGUGAUAUAUCUCUAGCCACUAACCCCUGUUUUAGUUAGUAUCUUUUUGUUUUCUCUUCCUUUUUGCAGGUUGGAUUAUCCUCUCAGUUAUGGCUUACUAUUCAGAUCAUCAGGCUUAUGCGAGCAACACUACAAACAGCACAGAAAGUGUUCAAGAACUGAUAGGGCCAUUCACCCGCUGAAUGUCGGCGUGGUUACUCUCACCCUCCCGAUUGUUAUGGCAUGAGCUUCGCCCCACAGCCUAGCUCAUACCAAAACAAUUACACACAUGGGUGGCCUGAAAACCAGAAUAUGUCAUAUAGGAGCAACAACCCUGAGAUCUCACAGUUUGGUUCUAGUAAUCAUAUGUAGGGAUUUAGGUACAAUGAGGAGAACCAUAACUAUGCUCCACAACAGAUUUAUUCACCUCCUACUCAUAUACCUCAAUACCAGGAGAUGUGUCCAAUGGAGUUAAAUGGUCCUCCAUUUGGUCAACCAACAACUCCAGCACCUUUCGAGCAAUCUCAUGUGCAAGUGCCCACACAAGAUGAAUUUGAUGAUAUAGAGAAGCUCACAUUGCUUAGUCUCGAGUUCACUUCGAGUGCCGAGGAUGAUCCUAUUAGGAAGGUUAUACUAGAUGAAAUGAAGAAGAUCAAGAGUGGAAAAGAGCUAGUGGAAGAAGUAAGGAAGAUUGAGAAGAACAUCAACGCUGGCAGCACUAUUUCUUCACAACUUGAGUUGAGUGUGGCUGAGAUAUCCAUGGAUACAUGUGAGGUUCCAACACCUUCACAUUUCGUUGAGCAAGAUAGCAAGUGCCUUGAGCAAGAGAUACCUCAGAUUGAAGAAGAUGAACUAGAAGACAAGGAACAAGAUGGUCAAGAGCUGCAAUUCCCAAGUGAUCAAGUUGAAGACUCAUCAUCUAUUACUCCUGAAGAAGUACAAGAAGCUGCUGUAGAUGAAGAUGAAGAACAUGAGAUUCAUUUGCCUAUUGUCGUACCAGAGCGUGAUGUGUCAGGUUUACUCAAUCCUCUUGAUGACAUGAUGCCUUGUGAUUUCUUUGCUACCACCUUGCAUUACAUGAUGCCAUCUGUUAAAGUAGAUUUGAAAAAGUAUUUGCUUGGAUAUGAUCAUAUAUACCCUGUUAGUGGCAUUACUCACAUUAAUGAUGAUCACAUUUACUUUCCUCGUGCUAGACCUAUGCUUAAUGAAACAUAUCAUUCUUAUGCUAGUCUUGAGCUUAAUGAAAAAUAUCAUCCUCAUGUUAGUGUUGACUUUGCUCAUUUCUACCAUUCUAAACAUGUGCUUUAUAGCUAUGCUUAUGUAAUUGGGUACUCUAUUGAUGAUUUAGAGGGCAUCUACCCUAUCACUUGUAGUUGUUGUUUGUGUGAGUCCUAUUUCAGGUUUUUGCUUGUGCAUGAAUCAAUACAUGCUGACCAAGUUCGAGAUGACAUCCCAUGGGAUCCUGGUGGACCCAAAGCAUGGCGAUGAGGAGAAGCAAUGGGGCACACACGAUGAAGAGUGAAGCUGGAGCAUCCAUGAGGAAGCAAAGGAGAAGAGGAGCAGCUUAGAGAUGAUCGAGCGAGUGCUACACCAUCAAAACCCGGUGAGCUGUUUCAUGACCCCAAUCUGAAUACCAUCAUACAUUAUACAUGCUGUAAUCAACCGUUAUUUGGGUUGCUUGAGUCAUUUCUUAAAUACCGUCCCACUGAAUUUUACCGUCGACAUAGGGCGAUUGAUGUGAAUAUGUGAACUGAGUGUUGAAUGCCUUGUAAACUAGUGAUCUAUACAAUGCUUGCCUUGCUGAAAGUAGUGGAAGUUAUUAGUUUUGAGUGCUCAAAUCCCGGGUACACUAGAAAACUUAAUCAUUUUCUGCUUUUACCUCGAUACACCUAGAUCACCACGUUUAGAUGCUGAAUUUGUGCCAAGUGUGUCCCCAUUGAGAGCAAUCACCUAACCACUAUGGAUUAGCAUGCUAUGUUCCCUGGAUCGGUAGCAUGUGAACCAGACAUGGAGAAGUGAUGAUUCCUGUUUUUGUGCUUAUGCGUUGUUCAUUUAAGAUAAGUAAUAAUGAAUAAAUAAGUCUGGUCUACCUACAGUAGCAUGUCAUGUUCCCUGGAUCGGUGGCAUGUGAAAUCUGGUAGCUUGGACAGUAAUAAAUAAAUAAAAAUGUAAUUGUCAAACCAGGUGUAUACCAUGUUCUUGGGAUCGGUGGUAUGUUCCUUUGGGGACACAAUCAAAAAAAACUAAUAAUUGGUCGAGCCAGGUGUAUACCAUGUUCUCGGGAUCGGUGGUAUGUUCCUAUGGUGAGACUAAUAAUAAUAUAAUCAUUGCUUUAUCUCUGUAAAUAAGUGAUUUGAUCACAAGAUUUAAUUCCAGUUCAUUUUGUUCUUGGGAUCAUGCUCUCUUUAGGAACCAUUUGGCACAGUCAUCAUUUAAACUUGAUGAUCCUCUUUUAUCAUUGCAAAAGUUUAAAAUGGUCGAGUUUACUAGUGUCCUAUUGAUAUGUAGCACUCCUAACCAUUAAUUUUCACUAGCUAAGUCCAAGGCAUGCACUGUUUAGAGACCUACUUAACUUGGUAUUCUCUAGUCAGCUCACUGUUCACAUUCUUGCUCUUGUCAUAUGCCUUUGCUUGUUCACAUUCUUGCUAAUGAUCAAGCAAAGUUCUUGAUCCAUAGCACUCACGCUUAUCUUGCGUAUUUUAGAGUAUCCACUUUCACUUGUCUAUGAACUGUGCAGGC